UGCAAAAACAUGGAUUCACUGUGCAGCUACUUAGAAGGUGUUGUAAUGGGCACAGUAAGCUGCGAAGAGUCUUGAAGCCCAAAAGUCACACAACGUAAAGCCCGUCAAGGUAGAAAGCAGAUAUACUUUUUUAACAGGGGUGAGUCGAACGACCGGCCGUAUAUUAUUGAUUCGCGGUGUACAAGCAAUACAUUUUUGAGGCUUCACCAGCCCCUACUCCUGGGGAAGUUCACGUUGAAUAUACGUGAGAUUCCCUACUCGUUCCUGGCGUUGUACAGGUGUAAGGCGAGUGAGAGAGAGAGAUACUGAGGUAGAAUGUAACAGAGUAACAGAGAAGUAAAAGCUUGAGGGUAAAAAACACCUGAAGCUAAAAGAGAGGAAAGAAACGAACUACGGAGUUGCCGAGCCGGUCGAGAGCGUAGGGGAUUCAAAACGUUGGCUUUGCCGCUGGCUUGCGAUUCAAUUACCAUUAGCCCAUCCUCGGCACGGAUUCUCACCUGUCAGGGUGAAUACCAGUGCGAAAACACUAAUCAUAUUAAGAAUAAGGAACACUGGAUUCGAGGGUGCACGUCAGGGAGGAUCGUUAUCUUCAUGGAACUUAAGGAAGAGGACGAAAAUGUCAGCGAGGCUGGAAGGCAGCUCUUCCUCGUCGGCACACCAAGGGAUCCUCUGGUAUCAGCUGGUGCCAUUGUUGCUGCUUCUGGCACUGUCGACGAGAUAAAUCCUGGCGGGGAUCUACAGACGAGCGCCCUUGCUGGUCUGAUGGGCACGCAAUCUUCCUCCGUUUGCUUUCCUGCGAAAUUCACUUAUGACUUUUCACCGAGUCCAGGAAGCGAAGAUAGACAACCAUCCGGUGUUGGCAAAAGGAAGCAAAGAAGAUACCGCACCACGUUCACGAAUUUUCAAUUGGAGGAGCUCGAAAGAGCGUUUCAAAAAACUCACUAUCCGGACGUCUUCUUCAGGGAAGAACUGGCCUUACGUAUCCAGUUAACCGAGGCCAGAGUACAGGUAUGGUUUCAGAAUAGAAGAGCAAAGUGGCGGAAACAAGAGAAGCAAUGUAAAGUCUCCACCCAUCUUGGUUCUCAUUUGCAACAUGUGGAGUGUCAGGAUGCUCAGCAACAACAGCAGCAGCACCAUCAUCAGCAACAGCAGCAACCCGAUCAUCUUUUCUUGGAACCACCACUAGGUAGUCCACCGCCUAUUUACUUGGGUAUGGAGUGGGCUGGAUUUUCUCCAUACAGCAGUACAGCGAGCACCUCUCCUCUUAUCAUUAACGGAAUGAACAAACCUCCGGAACCUGAGGAUAAUCCUUUACUGGAUCCUGAUCUUCUUCAACUAAAAGCACCACGUUCCUAAUAAAUUCAAUAAGGUGUCAUCGGAAGGCGUCGCUUGUACAAGUAACUAGAAACAUCCUACGAAAGCUAGGUUGAAACUCCGGGGACCAGAAGAGAAACAUUGCACCAGGUGCAAUAUCAGUAGACAUAUUGUUAUAUAGAUUUUAUAAGGACGCUUUGAAAAAAGUAAAUAUGUUAUUCGAGAAAUCAAUAACGGAUAUAGACGAAAGGGAUCAUCGAUUGGUAUAAUAAAUCACGGUUGGUUGGUGGACAUGGAGGAAAUAACAGAUAAGCAUAUUACAAUAAUAACGGAGGACUAUUGAGAGUUACCAAU